GUAGGCUGUGCAACCAGUUGUUCACAGCAUCGAAGUCACGUGCGAUGCAACAUUUCCUGAAGAAGAGAGCAGCAUGUCCUUACCGCACAGGGGAGAUUCUCCAUCUGUUGGCGUUGGAUGGAGCUAACGUUAAAGAAGGGGGUGCAACAGCUCAGACAAUGCUGCAUAAGUACAGAAUGGACAAUGGCAUCGGCGAGGACUGCGGCUUGGAAGCGGACUCAGUGCGUCAGGCAGCAACGGAGCUGGAGCAGCAUAUUGUCCCACCUCCUGCACCGGGGAGGGAGUCUGUUGUAAACAUUGACACCACCCAAGAGGCUAAGCCUUCCGAUCCAGAUGUGGUGGUGGGAGAUGAGACGGCCCCUGGUCCGUCAGCGUUGGCAAAGUUAUGGGAAGAGGUGAUAAGGGAGAUCGGUGUUCACAGGGUCAAUGCAAUCUGCACUGACAAUGCAUCAGCAAACAAGCGAGCGGCGAAACUCCUAUCAAUGAGGACUGACAAAGCCAUUGCGACCCUGAGCUUGCUACUGAAAGACAUAUCCAACAUCGCAUGGAUCAAGACGGUGUGGAAGAAGGGAAGGAAUUUGGUGAAGUUCAUCAAGAAUCACCAAAGCACGAUGGGGUUGCUGAGUCGGUGUUCCAUGGGAGACAGGAAGGUGCUUGUCAUGCCAACGGAGGUCAGAUUCACGUCUGUUUACCAGAUGUUGAUCCGUAUAUGGGACAGAAGACAUGUGCCGAAGCACAUGAUGGACAACAGCUGGUUGGACACCUACUGGAGCAGCCGGAAAGACAGGGAGGAUGCAGAGGAUAUCUUUGCUCAUGUGAGAUGUGACAUCUGGUGGCAGAAGGUGGACACCAUUCUCUCCAUCAUGAAACCCAUAUACGACCUGCUGCGAAUGAUGGACAGUGAUGGGGUGGCACCUUCACAACUGUGGGGCUUUGACGACCUCCUCAGCAAGCGGAUGCGGACCAUGUCAGCAACGCCAUGCGAAAGGAAUUGGUCGUCCUUGGACUUGGUCCACUCCAAACGGCGGAACAACUUGUCCAGUGAAAGUGUAGCCAAGUUGGUCUACAUUCACUGGAACAUGCAGUUGUUGCGGGUUCCUAGGAGCACGACUGACGGGUUCAUUGACCUGUGGGCAACCUUCUUUGACGAGCCUGAGGCACCUCCGGUGGCGAACGAUGCAGCCAAGGAUCGCCGUGAAGUGGACAAGGAGGAGGAGGCGGCUAGGGUUGCACGCCUGAAGAAAAUUCCGAAAGGGAGGCUUCCCGCUGGCUUGUUGAGCGAUGAUUCUGGGAGCAAUGAUAACAAGGACUUGGUGUGGUGUGACAAGGUGGACAACAGGGUGCAUCGAGCACGAGGUGGAAAGGGGAAAGGGAAGGCCGCUGUGGUUGAAGACGAGGAGGUCGAGUGGGAUGAUGAUGAUGAUGAUGACACCGACUCGGAUUUUGAAAUUCGUCCACACACGGGCUGCACGGACUCUGACACGGACGGAGGACGGGCCGAUUUGUGGGACGUGCCUAAAGCGACGUGUCACUUGGACAAUGACGAUGACCUCAUCGUUGAGGACAGUGAGGCACGUGAUCGCAGGGUCAGAGCGGAAGCACAAUCUCUGGCGGACAGGGAUCGUGUAAUGGUGCAACAGCGUAUGGCAGAGGAAAACUCACGUCGACUAGCAGUCCCCGCACACCUCAGAACCGUGGAGGGGCAUGUGCAGCAACAGGCCGAGCAACGACCACAGGAGCCGGUGCAGCAGCUGGUGGAGCAGAAUCCGCAGCGGGUGGUGCGGCAGCAGCAGGAGCAGCGCCCGCAGCAGAAGCAGCAGAAGCAGCAGAAGCAACAUGAGGUGGAGCCAGAGCGGCAGCAAGUGGAGCAGCAGUUGCAGCAGGACAUGGAGCGGGAGCAGCAGAAUGUGAAGCAGCAACAACAACAACACAACGAAGAGCAACAACAACUGCAGAACGAAGAGCAGCACCAACAACCGAGCCAACAGUCGGGCCAGGAGCAGCACACGGGUCAGCAGCAGCAGCAAACGGAUCAACAGCAGCACCNUCACUUGGACAAUGACGAUGACCUCAUCGUUGAGGACAGUGAGGCACGUGAUCGCAGGGUCAGAGCGGAAGCACAAUCUCUGGCGGACAGGGAUCAUGUAAUGGUGCAACAGCGUAUGGCAGAGGAAAACUCACGUCGACUAGCAGUCCCCGCACACCUGAGAACCGUGGAGGGGCAUGUGCAGCAACAGGCCGAGCAACGACCACAGGAGCCGGUGCAGCAGCUGGUGGAGCAGAAUCCGCAGCGGGUGGUGCAGCAGCAGCAGGAGCAGCGCCCGCAGCAGAAGCAGCAGAAGCAACAUGAGGUGGAGCCAGGGCGGCAGCAAGUGGAGCAGCAGUUGCAGCAGAACAUGGAGCGGGAGCAACAGAAUGUGAAGCAGCAACAACAACAGCACAACGAAGAGCAGCAACAACUGCAGAACGAAGAGCAGCACCAACAACCGAGCCAACAGUCGGGCCAGGAGCAGCACACGGGUCAGCAGCAGCAGCAAACGGAUCAACAGCAGCACCACGUCGAGCAGCAGCAACAACAGCCAAGGGAUCAGCAACAACAGGACGUGGAGCAGCAGCAACACGAUGAUGAGCAGCAGCAACAGGACGUGGAGCAGCAACAGCAGCAAGCGGAGCACCACCAGCAGCAGCAGCACGAUGUUGAGCAGCAGCAGCAGCAGCCAAGAACAACAGCAGCAGCCGCAGCAGUGACCACUACGACAGACACUGCACCAAAAGUUGUUGCUGGCUCCAGCUUUUACUGCCCCCCACCGAUGCCUCGCUUGGACGAGGCCAUGGUCCAUGACAACGUGGACAUCAGCAGGGCUGGGAGGAAGAGAAAGGUUCCCGUGGAACCUGUCGUUGCGAAGCGCGGGCGAGGGCGCCCAAGGAAGGGAGAGGGGAAGUCUAUUGCGGCAGUACCUGUUCUGCCCCCCAUGGCGACAGCGGCCAGUAGGCCGAAACGCAAACAACGGAAGCGGGUUGUGGUCGAGGAUGACCCCACCGGGGCAGAGGACAACAGCGACGGGCAACGGGAGUCGGAUUGCGACUGGCCGUGACUCUCAUGCACAUGUCUCAUCAUCUUCUUCUUCUUCUUCUUCUUCUUCUUCUUCUUCUUCUUCUUUCGUACAGACUCUACGGUGACUACACU